AUGCUAACAAUUUCAGGCUCGGCUACUCGUGAACGUCCUACCGGGAACACACCGGAUAAGUAUCAUGCUCCCCAAGACGGAGAGAAUCCUGAAUCUGGGUUGAUGAAUCCACUAGUCUCCGGGCCACCUGCCUUCAUGUCACCGGGCAAUGGAAGAACUUAUUAUUUAGGGACAUCCUCCAAUUGGUCCUUCGCUCGACGCGUACUCAGUAUGGUUCAUGAACAUGUCCACAAAGCCACCUUACCAACAGAGGCGCUGGUGUUCGAGGGGACUGCAUAUGAUCUAGGCUGGGACGGAUCUCGAAUUGACCCGAGUCCAGAAAGCCCUGUCAUUCCAACUCUUGAUCAUGCCAUAUUCCUGAUCAAUGCCGUCAGGUUUCGCUGCGGGCAUUUAUACCACUUGUUUGAUGACAGUGACUUUAUGGUAUCACUCUAUACUUUCUACUCGGAAGGUCAGAGGGCAAGACCGAGGGGCCUAUGGUACAUCCACUUUCUUAUCAUUCUAGCUUUCGGGAAAAUGUUCACUCAAGUGAAGUACCUUAAAGGAAAACCUGCUGGCAUCAGCCUUUUUGUCAAAGCUUUGCAAAUUCUGCCAGAUCACACCCUCCUUUACUCCUCGCCGAUGGUGUCGACUGAGAUUCUAUGCUGUAUUGCCAUUUUCUACCAAUCCCUUGACUGUCGAACUGCCUCUCAUAACUAUGUGGGCCAAGCGAUGCGAAUGGCCAUGGCUCAUGGCAUGCACACCUUCAUGUCCGUCACCGACCUGGGACGGGAUAAUGUGGAGAGGUGCCGGAAGAUUUGGUGGACUGUCUAUAUUCUGGACAGGCACAUGACAUCUAUUCAGGGGCUUCCCCAGUCUGUCGACGACCGCUUCAUUCAAGCCAAGUUGCCCUCUCCUGAGGGCUCUGAAAAUAUCAAAAGCUUGGACAUGCACAUAAAAUUAUGCCGGAGCAUAGCUGAUAUCAACGCCACAGUAUAUGCCACUGAUGGCAGACUUAACCGAACCUUUCUAUUGAACAUCAAAGGAGCAUUGUCCAACCUAGCAGGACUGGCAGAUGAACUGAACAAGUCAUUCCCUCUACAAUUAGAAGCGACAGACAGUGGACUCUCUCGAGUAUCAGCAUAUCUGCACCUAUUUUACCAACAGUGCGUGAUAGUGGCUACCAGGCCUUUGUUGUUUUGCUUUCUCAAAAUCCGACUUGAGUCUGCGGAAACCUGUGUUCAAUCCCUCCAAAAAUCUCCAAAUGUUAGGAACUUGAUCAAAAUCUGCUUAGACUCUGCGCAGCACAGCAUAAGGAUUCUGCACGAUCUUGCGUCUCAGGGUCUUCUAGAAACCUUUCUCACUUUUGAUCUGGAAUCUCUUUUCAUCUCCACGGUGGUGCUUCUAAUGGCCCCGACAAUUGACCGUCAAUUGAUAGCCAACGAUACGUGGUGGCAUGCUACAGCGGACCUAAUAUUCAAUGACAUGGUCGAGGCUGGGAAUCAGAUAGCACGGUUCCGGCAUUCGGAAAUACAGCAGCUAGACGAGAGACUGAAUUUGCUCAUGCCACGCCAGGACCAGAAUGGGCAAUCCAAUUCUGAAGUUCCUCUACACUUUAACACAAAACUGCCCUUUCCUUCGCACGAAGCUCAUACUGCAACACCUAUCGACGGAAACUCUUGUUCUGAUCCAUUCCUUGGUGGUGAUACCACACCGGCGGCUGGAUGUGCAUUUGAGCCAUCGUUGACAUCUUCUGAGAUGAUGACCAUGGCGAAUUCGAUCGAAUUGUUUGACGCAGAAUGGGUAUCGACGAUGAUGGACAACCAUGCUAUUUGGUAG